AUGCAGGAGAGGAGGCUGGCAGCCUUCCUUCUUGGAAGAUUGAUGGACCUGGCCUUAUAUUGGCCCAGUUGCCUCACAGAAACUGCUGAAAAAGCUCAGCUGCUGCAUUCUGCUGUGGAGGACCGGCUGACCUCAGUGUUGGAGGCGUUGAAGCAGCUGUCGGUCAUUGACUCUCUGAGCAGUCUUACUUCGAUCAAAUGUUCCCUCGAACAAAUCCUCAACAACAGCACAGGGUUGGACGGUUGUUGUCCUCUGGAUUGGAAACUCUCUGGCUUGAGUUGUUAUUUCUUCAGCCGUUCCCCUUUGUCCUGGAAUGAUUCCAGAGCCUGGUGUGAGGACCAUGAAUCUCACCUGGUCAUACUCUCCUCGGACAAGGACUGGGAAUUCGUGACCCGUCACACAGUUCCUACAUUUUUCUGGGUGGGUCUGAGUGAUUGGAGAACUGGAACGUGGGAGUGGGUGGACCAGACUCCGUUCUCCGUGGACAGCAGACGGUGGCAACCUGGUCAGCCUGACAACUGGACCGGUCACGGCCUCGAGCACAGAGGUGAAGACUGUGCUCACCUGCGCAUGGACGGCCGCCUUAACGACCUGCACUGCUCCGAACAGAUGUGGUUCAUCUGCCAAAAACUCAUCGGUGACCCCUGA